AUGCUUUCACCAGCAUUCACUUUGUGUGGUUAUGCAAAAAUGAUAUUGCACGCUUACAAAUAUCCACAUCAACCAGUUAUUGGUCUUCUUAUCGGAGAAACCAGGAAUAGCAAUGAAUUGAUAUGCAAUGAUGCUAUACCCGUGUUACAUGAGAGCGCUUCUUUAAGUAUGGUUGUGGAAACGGCCUUGAUAUGUACAGAUGAUUGCACUAAAGAUGGUCGUACUCUUGUCGGGGUCUAUUUUUGUAAUCAGUCUCUUUCAGACAAUAGUCUUGAUCCCUAUGCAAUGCGAGUAGCUGAAAAAAUUGUGUCGAAUUAUCCAAACGCAUUCCUCGUCCAAAUUGAGAAUUCCCUUCUUGGCACAGGAUCCUUAGAACCUGCUAUUCGAGUUUAUACUCUGGAUAGCAAAAUGUGGAAGAUAAAAAGAUUUACCAUAAUGAACGAAGAAACAGUAUUGCCAAUCGUUUCCAGUGCCAUACAGACGAAAUUAUACCUCGAAAUCAUGGAUUUUGAAAAUCACCUGGAUAAUCCGGUCAAUGAUCACUGGAAUACAGCACUAAACGAGAAGUUAGAACGGACAUCGUGGCAAAAUGCUUGCAGUUGA